CAGAAAAUAUCACCCACUUAACCAGCAAACGACCUCCUUCAUUGUUCCUCUGUUUUGCAAUUUGUCCUAAACCCCUCCUGCUCUUUUUCAGCUCACCAUCUUCAAAUCUCUCUCUAAAGAAUUCAAAACUUUCAUCUUCCCAAAAGACCCUUCUUUUAUUUUUUCCACUUAAAUGCCAAAUUCAAACCCAUUCUCUUGAAGAUAGCCAAAAAUCAAAAGAAAAAAAAAAUGAUAGUUAGGACUUACGGUCGCCGAAAUCGAAGCCUAACAAGAACAUACUCCGAUUCAAUAGAAGAAGACGACGCCGUUCCUGACAAUUCAUUUAGGGACUCUUUUUCUCUCUCUCAGGGAAACCCAUCUCAAGAUUUGUAUAGUUUACCUUUCUCUUCUCAAGAAUCAUCCUCUCUUUGGCCUUCUUUAAAUCACGAUCCCUACAAUAUCAAUAAUUCAUCACAAGAAAAUGAUUUUGCAAACGGUGCCAUUCCUAGGAAAUCCAAGAAACCAAGAAAUAGGAAGCUCGAGAAACCGAAUAGCAAGAAUAAUAAAAAUCAUAAUAAUACUUCUAAUUCUAGGUCUUUGGUUCCGGUGACUUCUACUCUAAUGGAGGCACAAGAGUUUGGAGAGAUGAUGGAACAUGUUGAUGAGGUUAAUUUUGCACUUGAUGGGUUAAAGAAAGGUCAGCCUGUUAGGAUUAGGAGGGCUAGCUUGCUGUCUCUUUUGUCGAUUUGUGGUACUGUGCAGCAGAGACGGCUUUUAAGAGCUCAAGGGUUGGCAAAGACAAUCAUUGAUGCUAUUUUGGGUCUCAACUUUGAUGACUCAUCCAGCAAUCUAGCUGCUGCAACUCUUUUUUAUGUUUUGACUGGUGAUGGUCAAGAUGAUCACCUUUUGGAGUCACCCAGUUGCAUUCGUUUUCUAAUUAAAUUGUUGAAACCAAUCGUUUCUACUGCUUCUGAAGGCAAAGCUCCAAAUAUUGGCAGUAAGCUUUUGGCAUUCCGCAAAGAUUCAGACAUUUUAAGGGACACAACUAAAUUGGUAGAUUCCAGUUCUGCUUCCAUUGUUGCCAAAGUUCAGGAAAUUCUUGUUAGUUGCAAGGAUAUAAAGUCAUGCUGUGGGGAUGAUAGUGGAAUGGAAAGGCCAGAACUGAGCCCCAAAUGGAUUGCUUUGUUGACCAUGGAGAAAGCUUGCUUAUCUAAGAUUUCUUUUGAAGAUACAUCUGGCAUGGUAAGGAAGACAGGGGGAAACUUUAAGGAGAAGUUACGGGAGCUGGGAGGACUUGAUGCCAUCUUUGAGGUUGCUGUGCAUUGUCAUUCUACUAUGGAGAGUUGGACAGGACAUGGUCCAUCUACCAUGACGGAUGCAAGAAAUGAUUCACGCCUGCAGAGCCUGGUACUUCUUUUGAAAUGUUUGAAAAUCAUGGAAAAUGCUACAUUCCUAAGUAAAGAUAAUCAGAGCCAUUUGCUUCAAAUGAAAGGAAAUUUUGAUUCUUAUCAACACCAACUUCCUUUUACAAAACUUAUCAUAAGUGUUAUCAAGAUUCUAUCAGGCUGUUAUCUGCUUAAAAGUUCUGCUACAGCCUCUGAUGAUGGGAAGUAUUGCAGUCUUUCUGAUGGCAGUUAUCACACUUCUGAUUUGGCUUUAGUUGCAGAUGACAGAGUAGAUAGAAAUGAGAUCAUUUACAUCAGUUCUUCGACAAGUUUAUGUGGUUCUGAGAGGACCUCCUCUGAGAAAAGCUUUAAUAAAUCUCAGAAAUCCAUUUCCCAGUUUAGUUUUCCUUCUUCCAGUUCUGAUACUACUGCUACAAUAAUGAAUGAUGCUUGCCAAGUGAGGAUGAGAAUCCAUUCUUCCACGUCCAGCUCAUGUAGUGGGACAAGAAGGAGCACUAAUAGUGGAACACCUUCAACUAGUAAUGGGUUGAGGACGAAAUUUGGGCUUCCGGAGAGAACUAAUUGUACAAAAAGUACCAAGUACGACCUUUUAGAGGAUAGCCUGGAUCCUUAUGCAUUUGAUGAAGAUGAGUUUCAGCCUUCAAAGUGGGACUUACUAUCGGGAAAACAGACAAAAUCUAGAUCUCAAAAUUGUGCUGUAACCUCAAGGGCACUUGAAGAUGGGUGUCAAUACAGGCCAAUGAGCCAAGAAGAAUCAAAUAAUAGCGAAAAUUCUGAACAAAAAGCAAGAAAUGUGGAAUGUCAUCCUUCACAGAAAAAUUCUUGUUCCAAUGCUUCUGAGGAGGAACAUUUCAGCCUCAUGGCAGAUUGUCUUCUUACUGCUGUCAAGGUUCUAAUGAACUUAACAAAUGACAACCCUAUUGGUUGUAAACAAAUUGCUGCUUGUGGAGGACUAGAGAAGAUGUGUUCUUUGAUUGCUGGCCACUUCCCUUCAUUCAGCUCAUCUUUGUCUUGCUUCAGUGAGACCAAAGGGGACACUACAAGCAUGGAAAGUCAGAAUGAUAAUCAUCUCACUGAUCAAGAGUUGGAUUUCCUUGUUGCUAUAUUGGGUCUACUUGUGAACUUGGUUGAGAAGGAUGGGCAUAACAGGUCAAGGCUUGCAGCAACAACUGUCUCAGUAUCAAGCUCAGAAGGAUUAGAGGAAGAGAGUGACAGGGAUGUAAUUCCACUACUGUGCUCUAUCUUUCUAGCUAACCAAGGAGCAGGUGAUGCAUCUGGAGAGGGAAACAUAGUGGCAUGGAAUGACGAGGCAGCUGUGCUUCAAGGAGAGAAAGAAGCUGAGAAAAUGAUUGUAGAAGCUUAUGCAGCACUCCUGCUUGCCUUCCUUUCAACAGAAAGUAAGAGCAUACGGGAUUCUAUCGCCGAUUGCCUUCCAAAUCACAGCCUCACCGUUCUAGUUCCUGUCUUGGAGAGAUUUGUGGCAUUUCAUUUGACCUUAAAUAUGAUUUCGCCGGAGACUCAUAAAGCUGUCAGUGAAGUAAUCGAAUCAUGUAGAAUUCCAUGAAAGCUCAAUAAAAACAAAUUUUGUACAGCUUCUUGCCUUCCUCUCAGAUGAACUACUACUGUACACAAUGCCAUUAGAUUGCUGCAGCACACCUAUCAGAACUGACUGCAUGGACGCAAUUUACUCGGAUUGACCUUUGUGAUUCUUUUUUACUGUAUUCUUUUUGUAUGGUGCAGGCCAAGAUGCUUGUAUACGAAAAUCAUAGUAGAAUCAGAUUAUAUUGCUUUGUGCAUUAUCAAUGUAAUCUGCUUUCUGUAA